AUGCCUACCUUUUCCGGUCAAUACGAAAAAUGGCACGCCUUUUACGACGUAUUCAAUUCCUUAAUACAUUCGAACCAAUCAAUAAAUGACGUGCAAAGAUUCCAUUAUUUGAAAUCCUCGUUAAAGAGCGAGGCCGCGGAGAGCAUAGCCUCGCUAGAAAUUUCGGGCAUAAAUUAUGUGAAUGCUUGGGCUAGAUUGCAAGAAAGUUACGAUAAUAAAAGGUUGAUUGUGCAAAAUCAUAUAAAUGCGAUAUUUGAUUUACCAGCGGCGAGAAAGGAAAACGGAACUGCGAUUAGGCAAAUACUAGAUGGCGUUCUAAAGCAUACUCGAGCCUUGCAGGCACUGAAAAGGCCCACGGAUCAAUGGGACAAUUUGCUGAUCCACAUAGUGACUAGCAAAUUGGACCUCGCCACCAUAAAGGAGUGGGAAAACGCGCUGGGACCGACCAUUAUGCCCAAUUUCCAGGAACUAGUCGCGUUCCUAACUAAAAGAUGCCAAACGUUAGAAGCGGUAGCAAAUCAACAAUCGCAUGUAAAUACAAACUCACGUAAGGGUGGACCCAAUAAAAUUACCGCUGCGCAUGCGACUGCCGCAAAUGCUAAGUGUGUUUAUUGUAAAGGCGAGCAUCAAAUAUACCAAUGUAAAACGUUUCAAGGGUUAACCGUGGAAGAGCGUACCAAUCAAGCGAGAAUCAAGGGCCUGUGUUUAAACUGCCUACGGCCUAAGCAUUUAGCUAAGGAUUGCAUAGCUGGUAAUUGCAAAAAGUGCGGUAAAAAGCAUAGUUCGCUGUUGCAUGUAGAGACGGGAAAUGAUACGGAAAACAAAGCUAAGCAGUCAAACCUAAAGCCGGAACAAGAUUCGAAUACGAAUAGCGUCUCGUGUAAUCAUGCAAAUUUAGUAGAAGCUGCAGCGCCGAAACAAGUGUUGCUCUCUACAGCGGUAGUAAGGAUUAGAGAUAGGCGCGGCCAGUUCAUAGAGGGAAAGGCGCUGCUAGAUAACGGAUCCCAAUCCAAUUUCAUCUCGGAGAAAUUUAUGAAUAAGCUAGGGCUCCGGGGUAACAAGACACAAAUCCACAUUAAUGGGAUAAACCAGCAAAUCUCACGCGCCUUAAAAAUAGUUGACCUGAGCGCCACUUCCCGCUUUGAUUUAUUCAAUACGGAUUUAAAAUGCGUAGUAAUACCUUGCAUCACGAGAGGCCUGCCCGCGGUUAAAAUAGAUGCGGGGGGACUAGAGAUACCGAACAAUAUUAGAUUAGCAGAUCCUAAGUUCCACAUUCCAGGGGAAGUAGACUUGUUGAUAGGAGCCGAAAAAUUCUGGGAUCUCGUCUGUGUAGGACAAAUCAAGCUGGGCAAGAACAAGCCAACCUUGCAAAAAACAACGCUCGGUUGGAUAAUAGCUGGGGUCGUGACAGGGCAAAAUAGCGACGCUAAAAGUAUUUUUUGCCAUUUAAGCAUGGAGGAAAGCUUAUGCGAGGCAGUAAAUAAGUUUUGGCAAAUAGAGGAUAGUUUAACUCAAAAGAGCUUAACGGAGGAAGAAAAAUGCGUGGAGGAAUUCUUUGAGAACACCUAUUCGAGGGAUGCCAAAGGUAGGUUUAUAGUAAAGCUGCCGGUGAAUCGAAAAAUAUUAGAUAAGUUAGGCGACUCCGAGAGUCACGCGAUGAAACGGCUUCUAUCGGUAGAAAGAAAGUUAAAGAAAAAUCCAGAACUUGGGGCCGAAUAUGUUAAGUUCAUGAACAAAUAUUUGGAGUUAGGGCAUAUGAGGCCGGCUAACAAAUCAAUAUCUAAGACGAAAAGGAUCUUUUUUCCCCAUCAAGCCGUAAUAAAAGAAGAGGCCACUUCUACCAAAACGCGAGUAGUAUUUGAUGCGUCAAGCAAAGAUUCAAAAGGCCUUUCUCUAAACGACGCAUUGUACAAUGGUCCCGUGAUUCAAUCCGAUUUGUUCUCUAUUCUGCUGCGAUUUAGAUUCUUUCUAUAUGUGCUGUGCGCGGACAUACGGAAGAUGUACAGGCAGAUUAGGGUCCAUGAAGAGCAUGCAGAGCAUGUGCCUUUACAGACUAUCCUUUGGCGACCAAACCCCGCGGCGACGCUCCUAACUUUAGAACUACUUACCGUAACAUACGGCCAGAAAGCAUCCGCAUUCCUGGCAAUCAAAUGCUUGCAGAAAUUAGCAGAGCUCGAGAGAAAAAGAUUUCCCUUAGCUUCAGAGGUCGUUGUCAGGGAUUUCUACGUAGAUGAUCUAUUAACCGGGGCUGCCACGAUGCAAGGCGUCAAGGAUUUAAAAAAGCAAGUAACCGAUCUAUUGGCGCUGGGAGGCUUUGAGCUUCACAAAUGGAAUUCAUAUACAAUUAGAUCCGCAAGAAAAGGCGCGCGUAAAAAAACCAUCGGUGAAUUUGUGUAA